CCCCCGCCGCUGCGCUGCGCUGGGGCGCGCGCGGGAUCCGCGGGUUGCUAUUCCGGCUGGCGGCCGCCACCGCAGGAAGGACCGGUUCCUGCGCUCCCCCGCCCCUUUCCCUUGCCUUCUGCUGACGCUGACGUCGGUUGAGGGAGCUGGAGAGACGCUCCGACUGCCGCCGGGAGGCUCCUAGGGGCCGGGGCCCGAGGUUAUAACUUACCCUCUCAUGCUUUUUCCCUGCCCCUUCUCCCCAAGUCAUCAAUAGAAAAAGAAGAAGAAAACAUGUCAGGACACAAAUGCUAUCCCUGGGACUUACAGGAUCGGUAUGCUCAGGAUAAGUCGGUUGUGAACAAGAUGCAGCAGAAGUACUGGGAAACGAAGCAGGCCUUCAUCAAAGCCACCGGGAAGAAGGAGGACGAGCACGUUGUGGCCUCUGACGCGGACCUGGACGCUAAGCUGGAGCUGUUUCACUCCAUUCAGAGAACCUGUUUGGACUUGUCUAAAGCAAUUGUACUCUAUCAAAAGAGAAUAUGUUUCUUGUCCCAAGAAGAAAAUGAACUGGGAAAAUUUCUCCGAUCCCAAGGCUUCCAAGAUAAAACCAGAGCAGGAAAAAUGAUGCAAGCGACAGGAAAGGCCCUCUGCUUUUCGUCCCAGCAAAGGUUGGCCUUGCGAAAUCCUUUGUGUCGAUUUCACCAAGAAGUGGAGACUUUUCGGCAUCGGGCCAUCUCAGACACUUGGCUGACGGUGAACCGCAUGGAGCAGUGCCGGACAGAGUACCGAGGGGCAUUAUUGUGGAUGAAGGAUGUGUCACAGGAGCUCGAUCCAGACCUCUACAAGCAAAUGGAGAAGUUCAGGAAGGUACAAGCACAGGUACGCCUUGCCAAAAAGAGCUUUGACAAAUUGAAGAUGGACGUGUGUCAAAAAGUGGAUCUUCUUGGAGCAAGCAGAUGCAAUCUCUUGUCUCAUAUGCUCGCAACGUACCAGACCACUCUGCUUCAUUUUUGGGAGAAAACGUCUCACACCAUGGCAGCCAUCCAUGAGAGCUUCAAAGGCUACCAGCCCUACGAAUUCACUACAUUAAAGAGCUUACAAGACCCCAUGAAAAAACUGGUUGAGAAGGAAGAAAGGAAGAAGCUCACCCAGCAGGGAAGUGCCGAGGCCACAGCAGACGAGCCGAGUCAGUUAAUUUCCUUAGAGGAAGAAAACCAGCACAAGGAAUCCUCUAUUUUUAAGACUGAAGAGGAAAAAAGUGUUUUAUCUGCCUUGGACAAAAGCUCUACGCAUAGCAUGUGCUCAGAUGAACUGUUAAACAUCAAACCUGUGGAAGGCGCUUGCCUGGGCCCGAUGGCGGAGACCGCGGAACUGGAAGGUGCUGACAGAGACGACCUGCUGCUGCUGAAUGAGAUCUUCAACGCCUCCUCCCUGGAAGAGGGCGAGUUCAGCAAGGAGUGGGCCGCUGUGUUUGGGGACAGUCGGCUGAAGGAGCCGGCGCCCGCGGUGGCCCCCGGGGAGCCAGACCCCAAGCCCCAGACAGGCUCAGGGUUCCUUCCUUCGCAGCUUUUAGACCAAAAUAUGAAAGACUUAAAGGCCUCACUACAAGGCUGGUCAGAGAGAAAUGUCCGUCCCCCUCCGCCAGGGCCAGCACCAAAGGCGCACCGUCCAAAUGACCACAGCCCUGUAGUGAAAGAGCCUGCCAAGGCUGCCUCGGACCUGACUGCCUGGUUCAGCCUCUUUGCCGACCUCGACCCGCUAUCAAAUCCUGACGCCGUGGGGAAAACCGACAAAGAACACGAGCUGCUCAACGCCUGAGUCUACGGGCUCCGGGAGGGAGCCCAUGCGCUGCCCCUCCGCACACUGGGGGCUGGCGGAAGGAUGUCGCCAUCAGUCUGCUGUUUUAAUAUUUACGUGCCAUUUUAAUAAAAUGAAAGGGUCAGAGGCCCUGUUUAUAUUGGUAUAAUUAUUUACUCUUAUUUGGUAUAAAGGGAUUUAGUGUAUUCUCUCUGUGGAUCUAACAAUACAGGAUUGUCUAGGGGCGGUUUCCAGGCGGGCCGUUCUCCUGCCAAAAUCCACCUCAUGGCUGCUGAUGUGUCACUGGGCUACUGUGAGAUCCAAGUUCACAUCGUAAACCGACUUUGUGUUAGGUUUAAAUCAUGUGUCUGCAGCCUCACAGGCAGCGGGAGGCUGGCGAAGCUGAAAUGCCUCCCCUUGUACCCUCUGCCUCUGUCCUCCUGGAGGGAGGCUGCAGGGAGGGCCCUCUGCCUGCCAACCACCUUCCAGCAAGCUCUGGACGAAGCUCCAGCCAACCAAAGACGCUGCGCUCAGCCCUUUCCCGGCGGCCAUGGGCGCAGGAGCCGAGCUGGUCUCCACUGCAUGAACCUGUCUAUGGAAAGCGGAUCCCAGUGUCAAAAGCAUGUAUUUCUGGCGUCCCUUGUGACAGUAACUGUUUUUUUUUUAAUUAAAUGGAAAAGAUAUUCGACAUGCAAA